CUUUCUCACACACACGCGCACACACAGCUGAACCAAAAAAAGCACACUCCUCAACUCCACACACACACACACACACACACACACACCAGAUAAGAUUUGUUUCCAAACGCGCACCGAUGGCGGUGUGAGGCGUUUGGAUGAGAAGUGCGCACGGACGACGCGGUGGAAUUGUGGAUUUGUCUUCAUGUUGUUGUUGUUUUUUUAUACAUAUCAUUUUUCUGUCUCUUCUCCGCGUGGAUUGCGGUCGAAAGUGAAAUAAAUAUGGAUCACUCCGUCUGUCUACUUUUGCUCCUGGCAACAGUGUCGUCCGUGUACGCGGGGCAAUUCCCAACAGCGCAGACGGUGAAGGAAUGGGUGGACCAGAUGCAAAAUGAGUUGGUCACAAUGACGGACACAGCCAGUGGUCUGCAUGACCUAAUAAAGAUAUACAAAAAUCACAAAGCUCACUUCAGCGUGGAGACGAACAAUGCGAGGGCACUGGUGUCAACGGCUGCUGGGAACAUAGAGGGACUGCUGGCUAACCGCUCUCAGGCCCUAAAGAGGCUGGCAACAGAAGCAGAGAAGUUUCAGAUGGAGCACGAGUGGAGGGACGACAGUGAGGCUGACAAAUUUGUUUACUACAAUGCCAAAGAUGGUCUCAAUCAGACGGAGGAGAAGAAGAAAGGAUACAUGCCCGACGACUUCCACGUAGAUCCCGACUUUAAACGUCACGUGUCCUACAACACCACCGCCGUCCACAUCCCCACGGAUAUAUACGAGGGCUCUACCAUCAUUUUAAAUGAGCUAAAUUGGACAGAGGCCUUGGAGGAUGUUUUCCGGAAAAACAAGGAGGAAGAUCCCUCACUCCUGUGGCAGGUGUUUGGAUCCGCCACGGGAUUGGCUCGCUAUUACCCAGCUUCACCUUGGAUGAACUUGAGCAACUCGCCCAAUAAGAUCGACCUCUACGACGUGCGUCGGCGACCGUGGUACAUUCAGGGGGCGGCGUCACCUAAGGACAUGCUGAUCUUGGUGGACGCGAGCGGCAGCGUCUCGGGUCUCACCCUCACACUCAUCCGGACGUCCGUAAACUGGAUGCUGGAGACUCUGUCCGACGACGACUACGUCAACAUGGUUUAUUUCAACGGGACGGCCUCGCACGUGGCGUGCUUCCAGAACCUGGUGCAGGCCAACGUCCGCAACAAGAAGAUCCUGAAGGAGGCGGUGAUGCAGAAAAUUGUCGCCAGGGGAAUCACCAACUACAAGGGCGGCUUCGAGCUGGCCUUCGAGCAGCUCGCACAGACGAAUGUGUCGAGAGCAAACUGCAACAAGAUCAUCAUGCUCUUCACUGACGGUGGAGAGGAGCGGGCGGAGGAAAUCUUCCAGAAACACAACCCAAAGCAAGCGGUGCGCGUCUUCACAUUCUCAGUCGGUCAACACAACUAUGACAAAGGACCAAUACAGUGGAUGGCAUGUGCCAACAAAGGCUAUUACUAUGAGAUUCCCUCUAAAGGUGCCAUUAGGCUCAACACACAGGAGUACCUGGACGUUUUGGGCAGACCUAUGGUGAAGGCUGACAAAAAGGCCAAACAGGUCCAGUGGACCAACGUCUACCUUGAUGCACUGGAGCUCGGCCUGGUGAUCACUGGAACUCUGCCCGUCUUCAACAAAACACACACAGGCUCAAAGAAAUCACAAACCCAGCUCAUCCUGGGUGUCAUGGGUAUCGACGUGUCCCUGGAGGAUAUUAAGAGACUCACACCUCGCUUCACUUUUGGACCGAAUGGUUACUACUUUGCCAUCGAUCCCAACGGAUACGUGCUGCUCCACCCUAACCUGCAGCCAAUGACUGGCAAGUUUCAUGAACCUGUGACGCUGGACUUCCUGGAUGCAGAGAUCGAGAGUGAGAUCAAAGUGGAGAUACGGAAGCAAAUGAUUGAUGGACUCACUGGGAAUUACACAAUACACACGCUGGUGAAAUCCCAAGACGAGCGCUACAUCGACCAAGGUCUGAGGACGUACAGCUUUGCACCGGUAAAAGGGACAGAUUAUAGCCUGGCCCUGGUCCUUCCCGACUACAGCAUGCAUUACAUCCGAGCCACAAUCGGUGACACAAUCACUCAGGCAAAAUUUUCUGAAACCCUGCUCGCGGACAAGUUUGAUGAAUACGGCUACACGUUCAUCGCACCGAGGGCGUACUGUAAGGACUUGAAGCCACCUGACAAGAAUAAAAACAACAUGGAGUUCCUCAUGGAGUUCAACAAUUACAUUGACACAAAGACUCCAAACAAUCCCAUGUGUAACGUCGAGCUGGUGAACCGGUUGCUCCUGGACGCGGGGAUCACCUCGGAUCUGAUCAAGAUUUGGAAACAAAAAGAGCUGCAGCUCGGUGUCUUGGCGAGAUUUGUUGCCACCGAUGGAGGAAUCACGCGCGUCUACCCCAAAAGCGCUGGCCUGGACUGGACGGCGGACGCAGAGACGUACGAGUCGAGUUUCUAUAAGCGGAGCCUGGAGAACGAUCUGUACAUCUUCACUCCAACGCCGUACCUCGUCAGAGACAACUCGAGUGAGGACUCUGUCCUGGUGAGCAGAGUGGUGAACCUUGACAUUAAUGGGAUCACACUUAAACCCGCCGUGGUCGGCGUGAAGCUGGACAUCAGUUCCUGGAUGGCGAGAUUCAUCAACACCACUCAGAGGAUGAAUUGCAACGACGAGAUCUGUGGCUGUCAGAGGAACGACAUGUACGUGGACUGUGUCAUCCUGGACGACGGAGGCUUCCUGGUGAUGUCCAAUCGAGACGAGUACAUCGAUCAGAUCGGACGCUUCUUUGGCGUGAUCGACCCCGUCCUCAUGAGAAGCCUCAACGACUCCCUGUUCACCUUGAAGCAGACGUACGACUACCAGUCGCAGUGUGACCCCAAGAAAGAGAGCAAGGCGGCAGCGGGGCUGCGAUCCGUCUAUGUGCCCACAAUUGCAGAUAUUUUGAGUUUAGGAUGGUGGGCGACAGCUGCAGCAUGGUCCAUACUGCAGCAGAUACUGGUCAGCGUCACAUUCCCAACUCUCCUGGACGCAGCCGAAACGGACAACGAUGUGUCCGAUGCCAUGCUGAAAGAAGUCUGCAUCACCAAGCAAACUCAGUAUUACUUCAUGAACACCAACUUCACCUUCAGAGGCACGGUCGACUGUGAAAACUGCUCCAGGCUGUACCACGCCGAAAAGCUGCCCAAGACUAACCUGGUCUUCAUCAUCGCUGAUGCAAAAGUCACCUGCUCGUCGUGUGACGCCACCCUGAUGAAACAGGACGAGGAGCCGUCCGGAGGUCCCGAUCCCUGCGAGAUGGCUCAGAAUCCCCGGUACAGGAAAGGGCCCGCGUUCUGUUUUGAUAACACAGAACAUGAGGAGGAUCCUGACUGCGGCGGCGCUUCCAGCCUGAGUCCCCGUCUGUCAUUAAUGGUGGCUCUUCAGCUGAUGCUGCUCUGGGUUCUGUCAGGCUCCGGAAACCAUGUCGUCCCAUCAUGACCUCUGAAUAACCCGAUCACACCCUCUAUCUUCCAACCUCUGAAUCUCCAUCAUGGCAACCAGCAUGCAACGCUGCCACCGAAAUGAUGAAUGGUUUACGGGAUGAUUACGCGAAAAUCCUAUGAGCUCCUCAGUUUGCCGGUUUCUUUUUUUUCUACCAGGUCUGAAGGUAGAAGUGGUGAAAGAAAUGUGUUUCAGAAGAUGUCAGUUUAAACAAUCAGGAAGAAUUUGACCUACAGGUACCCUUCAGCCCUUCAGUGGUCCCCAUCAGCUGAGAUUAUAGGAAUUCAGCGAUUCCUUUUGAUUGGCAACUUCUGAACUUUCUCUGGCUCGAUGUCACAGAUGAGGGAGAUCGGACCGCCUCACAGUAUCAAAGGGAUUGAGUCCCAUGGAAGGGACUCGCUGUUUAUCGAAGAUGAUUAGCAGUUCUUUUUUUUCAACACUGCCAAAAACAGUGCUACCAUUUAUUCUGAAGCGAUUUGCAGUGGCUAGUUUUAGGUAUUUAUUCUUUUGUGGUUUAGGAUUUGGCUAAGAUUGCGAUAAGAGAUGCCAAAUUUUUACAUUGCAAGUUGAGGGUUGUUUUUUUUUUGACUUACAGUUGCCUACAGCUGGGUUUCUGAUAAUAUCACGUCGUCUCAGUCUAAUUUUUUUGAUAGCACCACCUAGAACAUUUUUAUAACGCCUCUAAGGCCAUUUGCCUUCACUUCUGCCCCAUGUGUGUGCGUGUAGAUGCUGUAUUUGCAGAGUGGAACUCAUGUUCGUUGUUAAGUUUAUACACAGAAACCAAACUCACCCACUGCCACAGAACGCCUGCGUCUCUGUAUGGAUUCUACCCAAACAUCAGUGCUAAUCAGGAGCGGUACAUGUAUGUGGAUUUUCCUCCAUCACUCCAGUGAAAACUUUGUUGCCAUAGCACCCAUCAACCAGUCAGGAUGAGCCUGGCCGGUGUCCUUUGCAUGCUUUAGUAGACAAAAUCUCUAGUGCCAUGUGGACUGUGCGACUCAGACGAACCCUUUAGCUUUGUUGACUAAAAGGAGAGAGGUGUAGUGUUUUUAUUUAUUUUUAUUAUUAUUUAAUGGUUAUUUAAACCUAAUCAGAAUUGGUUAUUUGAAUGAUUUUACUGCCAUUGCGAGAGUAAACGACUGAGGGGGUUAACCGAUAGGAGACUUUGUUCUUGACAUUUUGUUCAAGAGAAGAAUUGGUCCGUUUGUGUUCACUGCUGUCACUUUUUGAAUUAAAUGACUACUAUCUGCACUGCA